AUGGACACUAUUGCCAAGGACCAUAGUGCUCGUACUUUGCAGGCUCAUGGUCUGGCAGUUGGGCUCAGCGAUGGCCUUAUGGGAAAUUCGGAAGUUGGCCAUUUGAAUAUUGGUGCCGGACGUAUUGUGUGGCAAGACAUUCACGCCAAAGACACCUCCGGGCGCCUUCAUCUACUUGGCCUGGUCUCGGAUGGCGGCGUGCAUUCUCAUAUUAACCAUUUGAAGGCUCUUUUGGAGACCGCCAAGGAAAUUGGCGUGCCCAAGACGAUAAUUCACUUUGUCGGAGAUGGGCGUGAUACUGCACCCCGUUCAUCUUCAAAAUACCUAAAGGAUCUCCUUGAGUUUAUCCAAAAGGAGCAAUAUGGUGAAAUUGGGACUAUUGUUGGACGGUAUUAUGCCAUGGACCGGGAUAAACGUUGGGAGCGGGUCAAAGUCGCCAUUGACGGACUCGUUUCUGGAGAAGGAGAAUCCACCUCUGAUCCGGUUGCGACCAUUGAAGAAAGGUACAAGAAGGACGAAACAGACGAAUUCUUGAAGCCGAUCAUCAUCUUAUCCCACAAGUUAGACAAGGAUACGAUAUUCUUCUUCAACUAUCGCUCGGAUCGUAUGCGUGAAAUUGUAUCUGUGUUUGGUUUACCCGACAAGCCGAUGGAAGUCACCGUUCCUAAGGAUUUGCACAUUACAACCAUGUCAAGAUACAAUGCCGAGUUUCCCUUCAACAUCGCAUUCCCUCCGCAAGCAAUGACCAACGUCUUGGCCGAAUGGCUCGCGAAAAAGGGUCUUAAGCAGUGUCACAUUGCUGAAACCGAGAAAUACGCCCACGUUACGUUCUUCUUCAACGGCGGUGUCGAGAAACAAUUCGAACAGGAGGAACGAGAGCUAAUACCAUCCCCUAAGGUCGCGACUUAUGACAAACAGCCCGAGAUGAGUGCCCAGGGCGUUGCUGAUAAAGUUGCCGAGACUGUCGCUGGAGGCAAGUAUGACUUUGUUGGACAUACCGGAGUGUAUGAAGCAGCAGUUCAAGCCAUCACUGCAACUGACAAGGCUGUCAAGACCGUAUAUGAUGCCUGUCAGAAAGCCGGCUAUGUUCUUGCCAUCACGGCAGACCAUGGAAAUGCCGAACAGAUGAUUAAUCCUGAAACUGGCAACCCUCAUACAGCACAUACGACCAACCCUGUGCCUUUUAUCAUUACCGGUGACCCAUCCAAGUACGGUUUGGUGGGUGAUGAAGAGGACGGUGAAGAUGAAGAGGGUAAGGGCGCCUUGGCAGACGUCGCCCCCACUAUCCUGGAUCUCAUGGGACUGGACAAGCCAGAGGAUAUGAGUGGCCGGUCGCUCCUUUUGCGUAAAUAA